AGCCGUUCACGACAAUUUACUAACAAAUGUCCGUUAAUUAUCACUUUCUCGUUGGUCGUUUAGAAAAAAUGUUUUCACCUAAAUAUGCCAUUAAGUCAGUUUGCAAGCCAUGUACUGGUUAAAAUACUAUUAUCUGCUGAUGGUUAUUCUUUGUAAAACAGUAAAAUGUAACGUGACAACGGAUAUGGAUGCCCUGUGGAGCAAACGGAAAAUCUUUUAUCAGUUUGAUGACAGCUUAGAUGAAAGCAAAAGAAGUCACCUUAUAAGUUUAUUCAACAAAUUCCAUGCAAAAACUUGUCUCCGUUUCGUCGCACGUAAGCACGAAGAGCAGGAUUAUGUACACAUACAGUUGGGCAGUUGGAAGACCUUGCUUCCCGUUUUGGGCCGUCGUGGAGGCCGGCAAACUAUAACCUUCACCGAAAAGGAUUUCGACAGCAGUCGGAUUCGGGUGAUUUUACGUGAUUUAAUGCGCACAGUGGGAUUUUAUUAUGAAAUGCAGCGACCAGAUCGAGAUUUAUUCGUCAGCGUUAACAAGUCCAACAUUGCUGUCAAAUACUGGAGUUUGUUCUCCAUGCCGGACCAAUGGAGGAUUAAUUUACUGGACGAAGGAUACGAUUUUAAUUCGGUGAUGCAGUUUGAGCCGGCGGAGUACACGAGUAUAUCCGUCAAUGCCAGUGCAGCUUUCUCUACUGUGUCUCGUCUGGAUGUCGUCGGUCAAGAAAAUGGUCUAAGCGAAACAGAUAUCCGACGAAUCAACAAAGCGUACAAAUGCCUGCCACUGAUCAGAUACACGCUUUUAUUUGCAGUCAACCGUAAAUGCCCGGAGAACUGGAUUUCUGGUAUCGAUGGACAGUGUUAUUAUUUUUCGUUUUCCGAUCCCACGCGAAAAAUCGCUGAUGGAUUAACAUCCAGGAAAGCAUGCGAGCGGAUGCUGGGCAUCCCAUUGGUACUGAGCGAACUGACCCUGCCUAUUUGGGGGUUUGUACUCGAUCAGAUGCGCCGUGCCAGGGUGGAUGAUGUGUGGACGGCAGCGUCACAUUCGUCGCGCGAGUUGUUGCUCAAUGAUCAUGAUAAUCGGUGCGCUGUGAUGGAUGUGGUCGGCAACACUAAUGCCAUGGACAACGGACUGCCAUGUGAAGCAGCCCGCCGACAUUUUAUUUGCCAGCAAACUGCAGCCAAUGAAUGCCUGUACGUAAGGAACGACACUUUCACAGUUUAUCCGGACUGUGUUGACGCAAGCCGUAUGAAAUUUUCAGACAUGCAGAUUUUGACAUGAAGGCUUGUACUGUGAAAUUGUGAUGCGCGCACG